UAGAAAAUGAUCCAAGAAUCUCAAUUUCAUGGCAAACUCAAGGGCAGAGAGUCAGAGGAGUACUCCCUAUGUUCAGAUUUUUUGCUAUUUUAUUUGAGGAAUAUCAAUUAUGUCUACAGACUCCAAUCAUGGAUAUGAAUCACAAAAAUGACCUCCAUAGGAAAGGGUUGAACUUGCUAUCUAUACCAAGUCAAGUUACCAACUAAUGCGUCUUUUAAGGCUUCAUUUCAGCAGAUUUGCUGAGGCCAAAUAUGAGCAAAUUUCAAACUUUUUCAGACACCCACAAAUUCUGUUUAAAACCAUUAAGUUCAAUCACUUCCAUGGUUUUGCUAUUGAUUCCAAAAGUCAAGUGGGUGAUCCAAACAAUCGAGUUAAAUACAGUGCACACAAAGUGUUCGGUGAAAUUCCUGAACCAAAUGUUGUUAAGUACAAUCACUUGCUCUUUGAAUAUGCUCGCAGUAAUAAGAGCGUGGAAGCUUUAAAAUUAUUCAUUCAUAUGUAUCAAUUAGGGGUGGUUAAUAAUGGAUCAAGCCUGUCAUGUGCAUUGAAAGUGUCUGGUGUUUCAAACAAUCAGAAUUUUGGAAAACAGUUGCAUUGUCAUUGUAUUAAAUCAGGUUUUAUGGUGGAUGUGAGUGUGGGUACUUCUCUAGUUGAUAUGUAUAUGAAGUCUGAUAGUCUGAAGGAUGGAAAGUGUGCUUUUGAUGAAAUGGAGGUUAAGAAUGUGGUUUCUUGGACCUCUUUGCUUUCGGGAUAUGCGCAGCACGGAUUAGUAGAACAAGUAUUGGGCGUAUUCACUCAAAUGGGACUAGAAGGGAUUAAGCCUAAUCCAUUUACUUAUGCAACUGUAUUUGGGGCGUUGUCGGUUUAUGAAAUGAUUGCCAAAGGAUGUCAGAUUCAUGCACAAGUGAUAAAGAGUGGGUUUGAAUUAUAUACUCCUGUCGCGAAUUCCUUGAUUAACAUGUAUGCAAAGUCUAGACUGAUACGAGAGGCUAGAAUUAUUUUUACUGCCAUGGAAAACAAGGAUGCCGUUUCUUGGAAUGGUAUGAUUGCGGGUCUUGUGACAAACGGCCAUGAUAAGGAAGCUCUUGAGCUAUUUCAGCACAUGAGGCUUAAAGGCAUAGAGCUGACACAGCUGAUCUUUUCGACCAUUGUAAAAGCUUGUACUAAUAUAAAGGAAUUUUUGUUUGCACGACAGCUCCACUGUCGAAUAAUUAAGAGUGGGAAUGGCUUUGACCUAAAUAUAAGAACUGCAUUAAUGGUUGCUUACAGUAAAUGUGGUGACAUGGACGCGUCUUUCAAAAUGUUUGAGACGAUGAAACAGAGUCAAAAUGUGAUCUCCUGGACAGCCAUGAUUAGUGGGUACUUGCAGAAUGGCGGAAAGGAAGAUGCAGCUCGAUUAUUUCUUGAUAUGAACAGGAUGGGAAUCCGUCCUAAUGAUUAUACUUAUUCUGCUAUCCUUACUGCUCAUCCGUGUGUCUCUCCAUAUCAAAUACAUGCAGUUAUCGUCAAAAAGCCUUAUCUCGGCUCGCCAAAUGUGGGGACGGCUCUCUUGGAUGCUUAUAUCAAAACUGGAAAUGCAUUUGACGCUGCAAAGGUAUUUGAAAGCAUUAGACACAAGGAUAUUGUAACUUGGUCUGCAAUGUUAGCUGGAUAUGCUCAAGUAGGGGACACCGAGGGAGCUAUUAGCAUAUACUGUAAGUUGGGAAAUGAAGGGUAUCAUCCGAAUGAGUAUACUUUCAGUAGUGUCAUGAACUCGUGUGCUGCCCCUGAAGCAGCAGUCGAACAGGGAAAACAGUUUCAUGCUUUCUCGAUUAAAUAUGGAUACAACAACUAUUUGUGUAUUAGUAGCGCUCUUGUUACAAUGUACUCAAAGAAGGGAAACAUAGAGAGCGCGGACAAGGUAUUUAGAAGGCAAGGGGAAAGAGACUUAGUUUCAUGGAACUCGAUGAUUUCUGGAUAUGCACAACAUGGUUAUGCACACAAGGCUAUAGAAGUAUUUGAGGAAAUGCGGGAAAAAAACAUAUCGAUGGAUGGGAUUACAUUUAUCGGUGUGAUUUCCGCAUGUACUCAUGCUGGCCUUUUGGAAGAAGGUCAAAAGUAUUUUGAUCAAAUGGUCAUGAAGCAUCAUGUAUGUCCAACGAUGGAACAUUAUGCGUGUAUGGUGGACCUAUAUAGUCGAGCGGGGAUGAUAGAAAAAGCCAUGAACUUCAUAAAUCGGAUGCCAUUUCCGGCUGGUGCAACAGUGUGGCGAAGUCUUUUAGGUGCUUGCCAUGUUCGCAGAACCGCUGACGUGGGAAAAUUUGCUGCAGAAAAACUCAUAUCCAUGGAACCAAAUGAUUCUUCACCUUAUGUUUUAUUAUCAAACAUAUAUGCAGCCACUGGAAACUGGAAGGAAAGAGCUAAAAUCAGGAAGUUGAUGUAUCACAGAAAAGUGAGAAAAGAAGCUGGUUAUAGCUGGAUUGAAGUCAAGAACAAAACUUACUCUUUUUUAGCUGGUGAUGACUCUCAUCCAUUGUCGGACUGUAUAUACGCAAAGCUCGAUGAGUUGUCUACUCGAUUGAAGGAUGCGGGAUAUUGUCCUGAUACCACAUAUGUGCUUCAUGAUGUGGAAGAUGAGCACAAGGAAGUUAUAUUAUCUCGACAUAGCGAAAGAUUAGCCAUAGCUUUUGGACUAAUUGCAACCCCUCCUGGCACUCCGAUCCAAAUUGUGAAGAAUCUGCGAGUUUGUGGAGAUUGUCAUACUGUUAUUAAGAUAAUAUCCUUGAUUGAGGAACGGGAUAUAACUGUUCGAGAUUCUAAUCGUUUUCAUCACUUCAAAGGAGGAUCGUGUUCAUGUAGUGAUUUUUGGUGACUUCCCAAUAAAGACAUAGUACAACAGAUCGAAGGCAUGAACGGAGGUCUGGAAUGGUUGGAAGAUGCUCAUAGAUCAUAAUAGCAUAGCUAACAAAAGCAGUUUUCGAGCAUGUAUGGAAUUUGAAGAUAUGUCCGGCUUCCUUAAAGCUCCUCCGACCUCAAGGGAUUCUAUACCAAUCAAUGGAGUGUAUGGUAGUUGGGGAUGAAUGUGGAUUACUUCUUUAAGAGUGCAUACCCAUAAAACAUACUCUUUAGUUAGAUGACAUGCGUUUAAAUCAUGACAGUAAUUUUCUUUACAGCCCGCCUUGUAUGAGAUCGUAUUACGGUGAGACAACCUCAAAACAAGAAGCCUAUAAGCUAAAAGUUUCUAUUAUUGGGCUGUUUAAUCUAAAUAUGAGGCAUAUUUCACUGUGAGA